GCGGUUGGGAGGAGAAGUCGCUCGAGCGAGGAAGCGGCGGGAGGGCGGCCGUUAGGAAAAUGGCGCCGUGCGGCCCGGGGCAGACACCCGGCACUGGCCGCCGCCGCCUUCCUGGCGCAGCUGCUGUGUCACGGCCACACCGGCCGGCUGUACAGCAGCCAGGAGCCGGUGAACAUUCUGGAGGCGGAUGGGGUUAAGGACCUGCUUGGGAACUGGUCGGGCGCCUGGGUGGUGGAGUUCUACUGGUCGUGGGGCGGCCCCUGUGUCAACUAUGGGGCCACCUGGAAGGUACUGGGCCCGGGAGGUGAAAGACUAUUUGAAAAUCUGAAGACUGAAGUUUCAAAAUCAAUGGAUGGAAGGCUUAUGUCCGAAACAUUGACUCUCCUGCUCCUCGGAUGCUGCCUGACCUGCUGUUUUGCCAGCGCCACAUUUUUUGACUGACUCUCCAGCGUCUGCAGUCCUCACUUUGUUGUUAAUUUCUGACAGUCACUCAAUCCAUCGGGACCACAACAAUUUUUGACUGAAUUCUGUGAGAGGGAUCAACACUUUUUGGUUCCUGUUUGAGGACGUUUUCAACAUCAGGUGGGACUGGACGAGAGACCCCACUGUUGAAGCACACUGUGUGUGGAGCCUGAAACAGUUAUACAGCCAGCGAAGGGGAUUUCACGGCAGGGAGGGGCUCUACACGUGUUUGUGUGCAGCUGAAGCUGUGGCCAUGGAGAAUCCUGAGGAAUCCCGCCCUGUGGAGAAACCGUGGAAGUGUGGCGACUGUGGGAAAGGCUUCCGUGUCCCGUCUACCCUGGAGACUCAUCGGCGCUGUCACACCGGGGAGAGGCCAUUCCCCUGCACUGACUGCGGGAAGGCCUUCAGAGAUUACUUCCACCUGCUGAGGCACCAGCGGAGCCACACGGGCGAAAAACCCAUCAGCUGCCCAGAUUGUGGGAAGGCCUUCAUAUUUUUCUCUGCCCUGUUGGCCCACCAGCGGGUCCACACAGGAGAGAAGCCGUUCAGCUGCCCAGAGUGUGGGAAGGCCUUCAGGUAUUCCUCCAACCUGCUGACCCACCAGCGUAUCCACACCGGGGAGAGACCGUACACCUGCCCUCAGUGCAGAAAGAGCUUCACCUGCUCCUCCAACCUGCGGAGCCACCAGCGGAUCCACACCGGGGAGAGGCCCUUCAGCUGCCCUGAGUGUGGGAAGGCCUUUCACGAUUCCUCCACCCUGCUGACCCACCAGCGGAUCCACACCGGGGAGAGACCCUUCAGCUGCCCCGAAUGCAGGAAGGGUUUCAACUGCUCCUCCCACCUGCGGAGCCACCAGCGGAUUCACACAAGGGAGAGGCUCUUCACUUGCUCUCAGUGCGGGAAGGCCUUCAGCUAUUCCUCCACGCUGCUGAUCCACCAGCGGAUACACACCGGGGAGAGACCAUACACCUGCCCUCACUGCGGGAAGGGCUUCACCUGCUCCUCCAACCUGCGGAGACACCAGCGAGUUCACGUGCCAUCGCAGGGAGAUUGAAGGAGUGACGGCCGAGUGCCAUUAUCGAUUGGAAUAUCAACCCGGUUCCGGGGACUCCCGGGUUUGAAUCCUGCCACGACAGAUGGCAGAAUUGGUAUUCGGUCAGAAAUGUGGAGUUGGGAAUUUAACGAUGAGACCGUUUCAGGGAGGGGGUGGUAGGGGGAGAAAGCCCCCAUCUGAUUCCCUCUCUCCCUUGUUAGGGAAGGGAACCCCCAUUGUGGGAAAGGAUACACUCAGUCGUUCCAGCUGCAUCCUUUACCCGGUCUGGCCUACACGUGACUCCAGACCCACAGCAGUCUGGUUGACUCCACACUGCCCUCCCCCCACUGGCAAAGGAGCGGGGAGAAACUUACUUGGAGACAGGGUAUGGGUUGAAAUUGCUGAGUGAGGCAAUACUUCCUCCGGGUUACGGCUGAACCAAGGAUCCAAUUACAAAGGGACAACUUGGUGCUGACCAAUAGUAAAGACAGUGAGAAGGGUGGGGGGUUGGGGGAACAGGGGAGGUGUGGUGUGUGCACUUUCACCCUGAGCUGUUCAAAAAGCAACUACAUUUUCUCUGCCUUUUUGCUGGGGGGAUCUGAAACUGUAACAAAGUUGGGUUGCAAUAAAGGUUACCUGAACUUACCACCGGGCUCAGACUCUCAUUGAAAGCUUUGAGCUCCAAGAGGUUUUUGUUUUAAAGCUGCUCAUGUCUUUCAGCCUCCUGCACUAAGUUUAGAACAUAGAACAAUCCAGCGCAGAACAGGCCCUUCGGCCCUCGAUGUUGCGCUGACCUGCGAACUAUUCUCAGCUCGUUCCCCUACACUAUCCCAAAAUCAUCCAUGCACUUAUCGAAGGAUUGUUUAAAUCUCCCUAAUGUGGCUUACCAUGCCCUUACCACUCUCUGUGUAAAGAUCUUGCCUCUGGCAUCUGUCUUAUAGCUGUCACCCCUCAAUUUGUAGUUAUGCCCUCUCUUGAAUAAGGGCACAACAUUUGCACUCCUCCGUCGACAAUGAAGACUCAAAUAUCAAAGCCAAAGGCUCUGCUAUUUCCUCCCGAGCUUCCCAGAGAUUCCUCAGAUAAAUCCCAUUGCCUCAUCUGUACAAUCUUGCCUCAUCAACACAUAAGCCUCAUGGAACAGCAUCAUAAGACACAGAACUUGUAUCGAAAGAUCAGUGUCAUACAACUGAUAGAAUAUAUUGAACAAACUUAGAUAGUCUUCAUCUCUUAGAAUGGGUGUGGGCUUUGGUUCAUUAAUAUGUAACAAUGUUCU